GAACCAGACGGGACUCGAAGACCACCGAUUGCAAUUACUACGAAAUCGGAAGUAGAAGCAAUGAUGCAUCUCCGAACUUGGUUUCCAGAACUCAAGCUAUGCAUUUCAUCAGGUUACGAAGACGUUGCCCAUUUCCAAUUCCUCAGCAAAACAACUUUCACCAUAGGAGGGGCUACGUUUGUUUUCAAUGGUUAUAAUGAUGGUGAACUCGUUGCAAGCAAGAAAAUUCUCGAGGAGAUAUUCAACGAGGAGGAAAUGGUUGGAAUCUACAGGGCACAUCUUGAAAUUCAGAAAGCUAAACAAGACAUCAAUGACAAGGCUGGUGUGUCAGGAGCUGGAUCUGCUUCGUCUGGUGCGGAAGAAUGAAACACUCGGUGGUUAUGUUGGUCAUCAAGGUACCCAAGAAUAAAAGAGUCCAUGUUGUCGCUUAAAUCUUAAGAACUA